AUGGCAUCUUCUACCGACGCAUCGCUUAUUGAUGAGAUGGAGGAUCGGACAGGUCUUGACCGAGGGCAAUGCGUCGCGUUGGUUGCAGCACUUACUCGUGAGUAUGCAUUGAUACAGGGUCCCCCAGGAACAGGGAAGUCAUACCUUGGCGUCAAGCUCAUCCAGGUGUUGUUGGCCAGCAAAGAGGCGGCAAGCCUGGGGCCAAUCGUUAUCAUCUGUUAUACGAACCACGCUCUAGAUCAAUUCCUUACUCAUCUAAAGGAGGUUGGGAUCACGAGAAUCAUCCGCAUCGGUGGGCAAAGCCGAUCGCCAGAGCUUCAGGGCCACAACCUCAAGGUCGUCAGCGCCAGUUAUCCCAAGACCAAGCAUGAAGGUUACAUCCUUGGGACCACCUACACAGCUCUGGAGGACAAAAUGAAGGCAUUAGGGAAAAGAUUAGGAGCCCUCCACAAGUUCCGAAAGGGCUCUUUGUGGGAAGUUCUAGACCGUUUUCUUCAAAGGAGGCAUCCCGAAAUCCACCACCAGCUACUCGGGUAUGAUGCGGAGGGAUUUACUACUGUUGGACAGGACCUUUUCACGGCGUGGAUGGGGCGUCAGAAGGAUCCAACUCCCGACGUGCCGGCUGGGAUUUCACCCGAAGAAUACUUGGACAGUCUACUGAUGAAGGCUGAGGCUGAUAUAUAUUCCCUCGGGCCACCCGAACGCUGGAUGGUAGCCGACCACUGGCUCCAACAAGCACAGGCGGAGCACACCGAGAGAUUGCUUCAGGAUAUCACCGAUGUAGAGGAGAUCCGGGAUAAGCUGAACACAGUCCACAACGAAGUCAAUCGCCGAGCUUUGUUGACGACGGACAUCAUUGGCAUAACCACCACAGGACUUGCCAGGGACGUCUCGACGCUCCGUCGUCUUCGUGCAAAAGUUGUCGUUUGUGAGGAGGCGGCAGAAGUCCUAGAGGCUCACACCAUAUCUGCUCUAAUGCCAGGUGUUGAGCAUUUCAUCCAGAUCGGCGAUCAUCAACAGCUACGACCACAGAUAAACAACUACUCCUUGAGUCUGGAAACACCCAGAGGUCUGCCGUACCAGCUCGACAGGAGCCAGUUUGAGAGGCUUGCUCUUGGUCAGCCUGGACUGCCGCCCAUACCCAUUGCCCAGCUGAAUGUGCAGCGACGCAUGCGUCCAGAGAUAUCACGCCUAAUCAGAAACACCAUGUAUCCGAACCUUGAGGACUACAAGUCUGUUAGAGAUCUCCCAAAUGUGGUGGGUAUACGCGAGAACGUAUUCUGGUUAAAUCACGAGAACAUGGAGGACACGACAAGUGAUGACGGACGGCUGAGAUCCCAUAGCAAUGCCUGGGAGGUCAGCAUGACUAAGGCCCUUGUUAGGCACUUCAUUCGACAAGGCGAAUACAAGAGCACAGACAUCGCAAUCCUCACUCCUUACACGGGACAACUCCAGAAGCUAAGAGUAGCGUUGAGCCAGGACUUCGAAAUCGUCAUGAGUGAACGAGACGAAGAGACUCUCGCACGAGAUGGGUUUGCGGAAGAAGUGGCCGAGGAAAGGGAAGAGCCAAAGCAGAGACCCCUACAGAGAAAGCAGCUCAUUGAGUCGCUGCGCUUGGCUACCGUUGACAACUUCCAGGGCGAGGAGGCGAAGGUCAUCAUCGUGUCUCUUGUCCGAAGCAACGAACAGAAGAGAGCAGGGUUCCUAAGAACAAAGAACCGCAUCAACGUGCUCCUCAGCCGCGCCCAGUACGGGAUGUACCUCAUCGGCAACGUCACCACCUACGCGAACAUCCCCAUGUGGGUCGACGUCUAUCGCCAGCUAGAGGAGGCCGGGGCUGUUGGCAGAGCAUUCAAUCUCGUUGCCAUGCCGGAGAACCGUGUGGGCCAUGUCAGAAGCUCUGCGAGGUGCGCUGUGCCCAUUCGCGUUGCGCCAUGUUCUGCCGCGAUGCGUGCCCGCCGUGCAUAG